AUGACGUCUCCAGCGCAGGACGACGCGGCGGCGGGAACCGUCUCCGCGACGGUCGCGUCCCUGACCGAUCGAUGUCGCGAGCUGCAAAAGACGCUGAAGCGAGGGCUCCGAGGAAAGGUCUUCGAGCAGUUCGAGGCGCCGCGCACGAUUUCGGAGGCGUAUACGGAGGCGCAGGCGUUCCAGCAAGCGCUCGUGGACGAGACGACGGGGAAGAAGCGCAAGAUCGAGGAGGACGCCGCGACGAAGCGUUGGGCGAUGAAGGCGGGGGAGUCGCGCAUCGACGAGAACCACGCCCCGUUCCUCGCGUUCAACGAGGAGCACUUCCGUCACAUCACCGCGAUAGACGUCGCGAAUCUCGUCCUAGAAGGGCCGUCGAAACCGGAGGACGACGUCGACUUCAGGGUUCCCGAGAUGGGGAAGAAGCCGUAUUGGGAAGCGUGGGCGGAAGAGGACGUCGUCAUCCGCGAGCGAGAGCAGCAGAGGAGGCUCGAGGAAGCGAGGGCGGCGAGGGAGAAACCGCCGACGCCGACGCCGAAAAAGCCGAAGAAAAAAUCAAAGAAGAAGCCGACGAAGAAGAUCGAGUCGCAGCCGAUCGGACCGAUGACGGAGGAGGAGAUGGCGGACGCGUGCCACGUGUGCUGGAACGGGGAGUCGUACGACGACAACGUGAUCUUGUACUGCGAGAAGUGUCUCGUCCCCGUGCACCAGGCGUGCUACGGCAUCAAGAAGAUACCGAAGGGCGACUGGUUCUGCAAGGCGUGCGUCAAGACCAAGGCGGAUGGGAAAAAGAAAAACGCGAAACCGCCGGCGUGCUGCCUGUGCCCCGUCCCCGGCGGCGCGCUGAAACCGACGUCCAAACACGGGAAGUGGGCGCACGUGUUUUGCGCCAACUGGCUCCCGAACACGUGGAUCCACGACCCGGACGGCGCGUUCGAGCCGAUCAUGGGCGUGGAGGAGCUCCCGGAGGAGCGGUUCAAGCUGACGUGCUCGGUGUGCAAAAAGAAAGACGCCGGCGCGUGCGUUCAGUGCCACUACGGCCAGUGCGCGGUCCCCGUGCACGCGAUGUGCGCGUUCCGAUCGGGAGCGCACAUGGAGAUCCAGACCGUCGUCGGCGAGGAAGGGUGCGACUACAAGUUUUACUGCUCGAAGCACUCGAAGGUGGUUCAAGAGAAGCGCGAGCGAGAGCGCGCGCGAGAGGAGAAGGGCGCCGCGGGGUCCGAGAUGGACACCCCGGUCGCGACGCAGGAGGACACGGACACCGCGGGCGCCGGGAGCGACGACGACGACGACGACGACGACGACGACGACGACGAGUACGACGCGCGGAGGCGCGCGCGCGGGAGGAAAGGGUCCACCGCGUCGGCGUCGAUGUCCAGCCGCCCGACGCGCGGAGGCACCGGGACGGACGGCGGUCCCGGUCCCUCCGCGGGGGAGAAGCGCGCGCGAGACGACGACGACGACGACGACGACGACGACGACGACGACGACGACGACGACGAGAAGGAGAACGACGCCGGGACGGACGCCGCCGCGGACGGAGACGACCCCGCGGAGGUGAAGACCGAGGUGAAGACCGAGGAGACGACGGUGAAGAAGGAGGAGGAGGAGGAGAAGAAGAAGUCUGAAGAGUCCGACUCGGAGCCGCCGACGCCGCCGUACGUCCCGCCGACGCACACGGAGAUUUUACACGCGCACACGUCCCGGGUUCUCUCCUCCGAUGCGCGGUACGAGAUGCCCACGGAGCCGGAGUGGAAAAAAGCGGAGGAGAAGGAAGCCAUCGAGGUCAAGGACAAGCCCGCGGUGGGCGGACGCGCGCCGAAGUGCGCGGUGUGCGUGAUUCACAAGAAGGGCGUCUGCGGCACCGCGUCCGCGCCCAUGAAGUGCCUCCGCCGCGGGAAGGGCAACAACUCGUCGUCCUCGCUCGCGACGGGCGUGACCUCCGCGGCGGAGGUCAAGGAGCAGCAGUACGACCCGCCGGCGCCGCGCGAGGAGGAGAUGGAGAAGACGUUCGCGGCGACGGCGUUGAUCGGACUCGCCCCCGAGGAUGAAGUCGUCGGCGAGUUGCUUCACGCGCAAGCGGCGCUCGCGAAGGCGCUGUGGGUGACGCGCACGCUCGCGGGUAAGGCGCUCGAGAACGCGGCCGCGGCGGCGGAGGACGAGGAGAACGACCGCAAGCGCCAGGACGAGUGGAUCGAGGAGACGGAGAAGUACGAGGAGCGCUGGCGCGGCGGGCGCUGGCGCGAGGAGUACCUCCGCAAGAAAGGGUUGCCAUCCGCGGAGGGCGGCGGACACGCGUCCGCGGUGGACGCGUCCGUGGAGCUCGUGGACCCGCUCGUGGAGAUUGGCGCGAUGGAGGACGCCCUGUGCGCGGUCUGCGGCGGCGGCGACUCCGAGGAGCCGAACGAAAUCCUAUUCUGCGAGCGGUGCGAGAUGGCGGUGCAUCAGGACUGCUACGGCGUCGCGGAGGUCCCCGAGGACGACUGGCUGUGCUGGCCGUGCAACGUCGCGGAGGCGAACGAGGUCGCGAACGGGCGGCCGCCGUCGCGGCCGGCGCGGUGGCUGCGCGAGGCCGGGGACGGAUCGCUGUACGACCCGCGGCCGUCGUGCGUGCUGUGUCCGGUGAAGCGCGGCGCGUUGCGGGCGGUGAUCGAACCCCCGAAGCCGAUCGCCGCGUCGGUGAAGUCGCCGCUUCGCCCGGCGGCGACGCCGGCGGCGGCGCCGGCGACGGCGGACGACGCCUCGAAGGCAUCGAGCGCCGCCGUCGACGACGAGAAGCCGCCGUCCGACGGCGUCGCCGCGAUGGACGUCGACGCCGUCGCCGCGGACGCCGCGGACGACGUCAAAGCCGAGAGCCAGGCGGCGCCGGCGGAGGAAAACGCCGCCGCGCCCUCCGCCGCCGCGCCCGCGCCCGCCGUCGCCGCCGCGCCCGCGCUCUCCCCCGCGGCGUCGCGGCGCGCGAAGACGAUGGGUCACUGCCUCCCGUGCGAUCCGUCCGCCCUGGACGACGACGACGCCCCCCAGGGAGGGACGCCCGCGCCCCCGGGGACGAAGAACGACGUCCACGUGCGUUGGGCGCACGUCGUCUGCGCGCAGUGCGUCCCGGGCGUGGAGAUCGCCGCGACGCCCGAGCCCGGGCCCGCGUCCGCGGUCGUCAAAGGCCUGGACCGCGUCCCUCGCGAGUGUUUCGAGGGCGAGUGCGCGGCGUGCCGCCGGAGCGAGGGCGCGGUCGUGUCGUGCGGGUAUUACGGCUGCGGCCUGCGGUUCCACGCGUUGUGCGCGCGUCGCAACGGGUGGCUGCUCACGGAGUGCGUCCGGCAAGACGAGCGACGGUUGGCGUACUGCGCGAGGCACUCCGUGUCCGAGCGGCGUCGCAUGGACGGCGGGUUCGGCGGCGGGCGCGGUCGCGGUCGCGGGCCCGGUCGCCCGCCGAUCCACGGCGGCAGAGGCGGGCGCGGUGGGCGGAGCAAGGCGGCGGGUCUGGCGGCGCGGCGGCGGCCGGCGCCGACGCGCGACGAGAUGGAGCUUCUCAAGCGCACGCGGUUCGGCCUCGAGAAGCUUCGCCUGCUGUGCGAGCGCGUGCUUCGCCGGGAGAAGUUCAAGCGCCAGGCGAUGGAUCUCAACGCGGAGUUGUGGACGAUGCAGAUGGCCGGGAUGGACGACGGGAAGGCGGCGGCGACGUCUCCGCCGCCGUCGCCGAGCCGGCGGACGACGUUGUUGACGCCGACGCUCGCGGCGGCGGCGAACGAGCAGCUCGCUCGCGCGGGGUACGAGUACACCCCGGCGACGUAG